CUGGCCUGUGGCGGUAAGUAUAUCUCUCUCUCGCGCGCGCCUCUUUGUCUCCCUCCCCUCUUCCUUUUUCCCUUUCUUUGUUGGUUCAUCACAUUCCUUGACCGUACAAGUACAUCCCCCAAAGUCUGUGACUUUCGUUUCGCCCUUCGACUCCCCGUCGCCCACACUCAUUCAUCCCCGGAGGAUAUAACCACAUUCAUUGACUCAAGCUCGUUCUUGAACACACUCCCUCGACGAAACGAAAGAAUUGUCCCGCACGCCCUCCCCUUGAGACCACUUCGAAUUUUCUCUCUCGAAAAUCCCCCCCAAAAAACAAACAUUCAAAAUGUACACUCUCAAGACACUCUCUGUCAUGGCGGUCGUUGCCGGCGUUGCCGUUGCCGCCCCUACCCCUGCCGAGGACGCCGGCCUCGUGAAGCGAUGGAGCCACGGCUACCGCUGGUGGUCAAACGGAGACGACAGCACCUCUCUGGUCGUCCCUCCUGGAUGGGCUCCCGGCCAAGCAGCACCAACUGACACCCCUUCGACCACCGUUGUGACCGUCGUCACCGAAGUGGCCGGCGGUGCUCCCGCUCCAUCUGCUCCUGCUGCCGCCGCCCCAGCUACUCCCACCGGCUCCUCCAGCGGUGCCUCUCCCACUUCCGGCUCCAGCUCCGGCUCCGGCUCCUACAUGGAUGUCGUUUCCAAGUGGCGCGCCGCUGGUGGUCUCCCCGCUCUCACCCAGGACAGCACCCUCGAGGCCAAUGCCCUCAAGACUAGCACCAACAGCGUCGGUGGCCUCAAGCACGAGCUCAACCCAGGCACCAUGGCCCAGGUCCUUGCUCCCGGCAACCCAACCGACUUCCAGGACGUCUAUGUCGGCGGAUGGCUUUGCGAGAUCCCCAGUCUGCCUGGCUUGAACGGAAUCUGCUCUACCCUGUCUCAGGGAUGGAAUUACGACGGGCAGACCGGGCAUGCUGACAUUCUCACGUCAACAUCCUAUUCUAAAAUUGGAUGCGCAAUUGCAAGUGAUAGUAUGGUCUGGUCAUGCGAUCUUGCCUAAGCGACAAUAUCGACAACCGACAUAUGCUGUGGUUUUGCGUAGAGGACCGAUUUUGCUUAAGCAUCUUCUUCUGAUGACUCGGUGGAGCAUACCUAUGGUCUUUUGACGAGUUUCUAUGAUCAUUCCAUUCAAAUUGUGAUAGUCUUCUUCAACCAAGUUUGCAUUAUCUUGUACGAUACUGAGGAAGUUCCAAUUUGCUACUGCGUGAUUCAAGUUUUCCACUUCAUCUUCCUGCUGUUUGUAAGCUGGGUGUCCUCCGUAUACAGAGUACAACUCCAUCCCCAGCGCUGUCGUGUCCUUGCACUGCUGGAUUGGGACCAGAAUGUCUUGUUGGUAGGGAGUAUAUCUGUCAUAGUCUGAGUUGACACAAGGCAAUGGUGAGUACUCCGUACUGUGAUGAGG